AGCAGGCUGCAAAGGACCAGAUAAGCCACUCUGGGAAUGGGACCACAAAUCAGAAGCAAGAAGAACUUUCCCUUCUUUCGGGUAUUCCCACUCCGGAGACAUCUGUUCAUUCAAAGGGAAUAAACUUUUCCUCUAAGUAGUAGGAGAGACAGGUGUAAGAAGGUACAAAUGGGAUAAAGUAUCAUUUUUCUUGUGCCAGAAAGGCAUGCAGGCUGUAAGCUUUUACUUACAUAUUGUAAAGAAAAGAGCCAUUUUGAAGCCUUUAAGUGAGGUGUGGAGAUCCUGUUGGUAGAAUAAAGCAGCGGAAGUCUUUUGUUAGAAAAGCUGUGAUUUCUAAAGGUGCGUCUCUAGGGCCCUGCUGGUGCAUGGCGCUAAAAGGUGUCGAGGCAGGCGGAGAAGUUUAUUGGUUUCCAGCUGAGUUACAAUGGCAAAGUGGUUCAAAGAGUUCCCCAUCAACCUGAAGAAUGGUACCGACAGGAUCCGCUCAGCCUCCGAAUCAGGCUCACAACCAAGAGCAAACAAACCCGGGCUGGUAGCUAGCAUUGGUACCAAGACAACAGGCUCCAAAACGGGCCAUCGCAAGAACUCCUCUUCUGACAGCACAGGAGGAGGAGGUGGUGGAGGAGUCGGCUCUCUCCUGUCCGGGAGAAACCGAAAAAACUCAGCGAUAGAGUUGGGAAGAAACGGUGUGAGCCCUGUGAAAGAUGGGAAAGUUUGGGACAACCUGCUGUCUGGGAAGAGUCGUAAAAACUCCAAAGCAGAGGCGGUGUUUGAGGAGCAGCAGCAUCGACCUCUGAAGAGUUCUCCAUCUGCUAACGCUUACAUCAACCGGCUAAUCAGGGUGGACAAACAGGACAAAAGCCCCAACUUUAACAGCAGCACCAUCACCAACCAAGUGGUACCUGAAGCUGAGAAACCAGCGCAGUGCAAGACCGAAACUCUGAUCAUCCUUGAAGAUUAUGCUGAUCCCUUUGAUGCUCAGAAGACCAGAGAGCAAAGGGAGGCAGAGAGGGUCGGUGAGAACGAUGGUUACAUGGAGCCUUAUGAUGCCCAGCAGAUGAUCACGGAGAUCAGACGUCGGGGGUCAAAGGACCUGUUGAAGGUGUGCGUGUUGAUGGAGGCUAAUGAGGGAACCAUGGAGGAGGGUCAGGCUCCCCCGCUACAGAUAUACGAUGUCCCGUAUGAGGGGAGCGGUGACAUGAUGGCAGCAACACGACCUGAACUGGAUCCUCGACCACCAGCUGAAUACGAGCUUCCUUGGGAGUGGAAGAAGGAGCAGAUUGUUCGAACGCUGUCAGCACAGUUUGACAGCCCAGCUAAAGAUGACACACCUCACCCCACACUCAGCAGGAAGCCCCAACAUCCACCAGCCCAGCCACAGCAGCAGCAGAACCAGCAUCUGAGGCAGAAAAGCUGGACUCAGAAGAUCCUACGAUCCUCCCCUCCAACCCUGCUGCCAACCUCCACACCUGAAACAGAGGCCCGCUGUGUUGACCCCUCCCUGCCCCUGGAAAAACAGAGCUGGUACCAUGGCUGCGUGACUCGGCAAGAGGCGGAGUUUCAGCUGCAGUCCUGCAAAGAGGCCAGCUUCCUGGUCAGGAACAGCGAGUCGGACCACAGCAAGUACUCCAUCGCCCUCAAGACGAGCCAAGGCUGCGUUCACAUCAUCGUCGCUCAGACCAAAGAGAAUGGCUACACCCUGGACCAGAGCAGCUGUGUGUUCCCCAGCAUCCCAGAGGUGGUGCACCACUACUGCACCCAGCGCCUGCCUUUCAACGGCGCAGAACACAUGACCCUGCUGCACCCAGUGCCUCGCGUACACUGAAUUCACCCCAGCCAAGCUUAGGUAUACAAUUGGACACAUCUCCAAGGCCAAUAUGGACAAAAUGUUCCAAUAGUAACCUCACCUCUCAUCAAUGUGUGCUUCUGCUUCCUGUUUAACUUGGCUGUGUGACCCUAUAUAUGUGUUAUUUUUAUGAUCUUUAUUUGAUCAUCAGUUUGCAGCUCGCUCUGAGUUUAAAAACCCUAGAUGCCUUCUUGUUCUGUCUUUAUUUCCCUUUGAUGUGCAGCUGAUGCAAAUCAUCUAAGCUGCUGUUUUGCAUGUGAACAAGGGGGAGAGGCACAGCACAGCCGAGGAGAGCUAUUAAUGAUUCAGUCUGACUUGUACCCAGAUGUGAUGUUUUAAUUAUCCAAUGUGCCUCAGUCAGAAGCUGCAUGUUAUUUUUUAGUUGUUGUAACUAAGUGAAACUGAAGCAGGAAGUCCUUUUGAAACUCUUACAGCUCUCUUCCUCCCCCUGGUGGAUGUGCCGGUACACUACACCAACAAGUCAAAGUCAAAAGAAUUUUCUUCUUCCUUCAAAGUUAAUUAACCUAACCACAGCGGAUAUCAUUCCUCUGAUCAAAUAUGAACAAAACCCUUCAUUUUAUCUCUGUGCUCGCAGCAUUUUUCUAAUUUAUGCUCUUAAACUUGUGAGUUGUGUGUAACCGCUGUCCCCUGAGGAUUUCCUCUGUUGUACUGUGAAUGAGGGAGUUGUUUCUACUCAAUUAUCUGCACUGUGAAGAGUGGGUGAUUCAUGCUGAUGCAAUGUGCUCCAAGACACUUGGAUUUACAAGAUUUUAGGACCCAAACUGAGACUUAGGUUCAUGUGGAGUUUUCUGUAAUUUUGACUAAUAUCUGUAAAAUAAACCAGCAGAUUAUUGGUGUCCCUGCUAAGAAAACAUUGUAAAACAUGGCUUAAAUAUGUUUUUAUUCACAGGUUCAAAUGUAAGAGAAAAAGGCAAGUACUCAGACAAAACAAACAAGGAAAAGAGAAGUUCAAAUAAUUGAAUUUAAAUGUGUUAAUGUUCAUUUAGACCCCUUGUUGCUAAAAAAUUAAUGCUCUUCUCCCCUAGAGUAUAUUGUUUCCUUGGUGCUAAAGGGCAGAAACAGAAAAGAAAUGGCUGUAUUUUAUUCACUUUAUCUUAAGUAUAUUAAAUGUAACCCAAAAAUAUAAUACUUUAUGUCAGUACUUCCUCAACAAUGGUAUACGGCCUCCUGGCAGUCUAUGGAAACACGGCAGAGGUCGUUUACAAUAAUAAAAACAGUAACUAAUUUGAACUUUAGAUAAUCUUGAAAUACUAAAUAGCAUGUUUUAAAAUCCCAAAACCAAAUAAUCACAGUCAAAAGAUUGAACUCACAUGUCAUCUUUUGAAUCAUCAACUUGUCUGAUGUGGUGUCAUGGUUAAACUGGUGUUGAAUUGACCGGUGACAUUCAGUUAAACAUUCUACUACAACAGCUGCUCCCCAGUAAUAAGAAUUUUAAUGGUGCCCUCCAAGAUGGAAAUGUUAACAGUUUGAGGCACAUUUAAAGAGGUGAAUAUUUGAAAAGUAAAUAUAGGUGACUUUCCAGAUUCCCAAUCAAAAUGGCACCAAAGGUUAUGGCUUGUUAAUUGUACUUUGCAAACCCUUUGGAAGAAAUGUUAGUGACUGAAAAGUAAGUUUUUUAUUGAAGUCCUCUGUUAUGUAAUAAAAAUAGGGAGAUAAAUACUUUGUGACUCAUGUUAUGGUUGUGUGAGGGUUUUAGUGGGCCUAAUUUGAGAUCACUCUGGCUGCAUAGCGAAGCUCUCGGAUGCCCCCUCUCGUAGACUAUUUCCGCGAGGCACUGUAUCACUGAGAAGGGAAAUACUUGCUAAAACCUUCAAAAGAAAAACAAACAACAACAACAACAACAACAACAAACCAUUCAAAAUUUAAAUUGGAAACUUCCAGUUAGGUUAGGGUAAAGUUAAGGCAACGGAUAGGAUACCAAAAGUUAAAAGUUAAAAACCUUACCUGCAAAACCCGAUUACAAAACAUUUAAUGAGGCCAAGUAAACUGUCCGCUUACAGGAGAAAAACUUGUCCUCUGUGAAAACAUUUUGACAGCAAAUGCAGCUUAUGUGGCUUGGUGAGUUGCUGAAACACUGUAGAUAACUUAUCUAUGUUACUAAAGUAGCUAAAGCUCACAUAGCCAAAGCUAACCUAACUAGCUAACAUAUGUAAGCGUUGAUAGUACAUAGUAGCUGUGUUAGCUUUAGCUAAAGCCAAUGAAGCUAAGGUGUAAUUAAGGUUAGACCUUUGCAGCCUUUUACACCAGCUAUGAGUAAGUUCUGUCUAAAGUUAUGGUGUGAUGUCACACUAAGCUCUACUUUGAAACUACUUGAGUUAUAACUUAAGUUGUGCCACUGUUCAGCUGCACCAUGGAGACAUAGGGUUGAUCUAAACUAGCAGAGCUUUACAUCCAAAUUAACCAAAAUAUUGUUACAGAUGACAUUUUCCCUUGAUUCAACCAAUCAAUGAAAGCAUUUUUUUAACCGUGUUUGUUACUGUACCGCCUUUCAUCUCUAACUGUCUCUAAAAUGGCUAACAGCUAAAAAUAAUUUACACUACAGUGCCGUGAAAAAAUAUUUGCCCCCUUUCUGAUUCCUUAGUUUUUUGCAUAUUUAUCACACUUAAAUGUUUCGGAUCAUCAAACCAAUUUUUAUAUUUCACAAAGACAACCCAAGUAAAUAAAAAAUGGAGUUCUGAAUGAUUAUGAUUUUUUAAAGGGGAAAAAAUCCAAACCUAUCUGGCCCUGUGUGAAAAAGUAAUUUAGUAUUUAGUAGUUGUAAGAUUUAAGUUAUAAUUGAAGCCUGCUUUUAAACUAUCUCUGCUGUUGCAACAUCUUAAAUGUUAGUAGAGCGUAAACUCCGUUGUAAGAAGAACUUGCUGUCAUGCUAGCCUAUGUUUGCCCAUAGCUGACCUUUUUUUCUGUUUAAUUUAUGAAAUACUGCUUAGUCGGUUAAGUUUGCAAUGCAGUUAUUUCAUAAAUGCAACUAACAGACUUUGUUUAUGAAUAAAAUUGAAUUAAAAUAAAUCUUAAACUGGAAAAACGUUGUACUGGCAAAUGAUGCCACGCCACUCUGACAGCAACAGUGUCUCACAGUAGUGCUCUGCAAGAGGAGGUGUCUGAGAUCUCUGGUCUGCAGCAGGACUGUCUUUCCUGAUUUGGCCGGUUUAUGUCAAUGCUGGGUGAUGAACUGAGUUUCAGUUUUAAUUCUGAUUUUGGCUGUCCAUGAUCAUGAACAUAAGAUAAUCUGUGCCACAUGCUGUCCUGCACUUGUUUAAUCAGUAGGUCUGCCCAAAUGUCCGGGCCCCUGAAAGAUCCAGUAAGCAGUCCCUGACUUAGUCUAAUUCAAUCAAAUCAAUACAUGUGUCUAAUUGCUCAGCAUCCUCUCCAAUACACUAACAAAUACUAGUACAUGUCUGGCUAUUCAGGCAAGGGUAACCACAUGAACAUUAUCUGAGUGUUUUCCUACUUCAGUAAAUAAAGUCAUGUGUAGCCAGCCCACAAUGAAGCUCUUGACAUUUUGACAUUAUAUCUAAAAAGAAAAGACUUUCACUGUUUUUAAAAGAGGGUAAUGUCCAUCAUAAAAAUGGCUUUAUUUGUGGAUGUUUGGAUUUAAAUUUACAUUACUUAAUUGCCUACAUUUAAGAUUAACAAAGUCAUAGCUGGCCUCCAUGGGUCCGCUUAGCAGGUGGGCCAAACAAAGCACCCUGCAUGUAAAAUAAAUAGAGAGCAUCCUCCCUUCCUUUAGAGCACAAUGUGUACUAAAGAUUAAUCAGCCAUUGGGGGUUAACAAAAAAGAUUAACCUUGCUUAUAUGGAACUACCUUGGUUUUAAUUAAUCACUUAGAUCAAUGCAAAAUGCUGCCUCAAACCAACAAAACAAAUUUAUUUCAUCAUUUCAAUUUGACACACAAAGUUGUCUCUUCACAAUCAUGAUCUCAAAAUUAAUCAAAAUAAAUGCGGUUAGGAUUUUUGCCAUCAUGGAGCAUUUUGCUUCCUGUGCACUUUUAAAGAAGAGAUAUACUGGGAGUUGUUGCAACACUGCCUGCUAGCCUUUAGGCUGACAAUAAAUUAUGUCAAAACUACGAUUAGACGUUAUCUUAUACAUUUCUGGAGGUCUGCCAUUCCCACAUCUCUCCACAGAUUUAAAUGAUGUUAGGUUGUAGUUCUUGGCAGAGACUUGGGGUGACACACCUGCUUUGCAUUUUUCAUCCCUGAUAUGUGGAGGCCUGCUGUUCAAACAUUGUAAAACAGAUUAAAAUGAAAGGUCCUGAAUCUCAGUGCUGGAGAUCCUCUGUGAACUUCACUCUGAUCUUAAUAAAUCAACAUGAUAAACAACCAAAAUGUGCGGGUGUUUUUUGUCAGGGAUGUUCGCUCUGAAAGUCAGUGAUCAAAGCAUCAAAGUGUCUCAUCGUCUCAGAGGAAGAAGCCUCUUCACACAUCCUGGCAUGACUGAAUG